AUGGAGUUUCUGAGCGAGAAGUUUGCCCUCAAGAGCCCUCCGAGUAAAAACAGUGACUUUUACAUGGGCGCAGGAGGCGCGUUGGAGCACGUUAUGGAGACGCUGGACAAUGAGUCCUUUUACAGCAAAGCUUCGGCGGGCAAAUGCGUGCAGGCCUUUGGGCCCCUGCCCCGCUCCGAGCAUCACGUGCGCCUGGAGAGGACCUCGCCCUGUCAGGAAAGCAGCGUGAACUAUGGGAUCACUAAAGUAGAAGGUCAGCCUCUUCACACCGAACUGAAUAGAGCCAUGGACAACUGUAACAGUCUCCGAAUGUCUCCUGUGAAAGGGAUACCCGAGAAGGGAGAACUGGAUGAACUUGGGGAUAAGUGUGACAGCAACGUAUCCAGCAGUAAGAAGCGGAGACACCGAACCACCUUCACCAGCUUGCAGCUGGAGGAGCUGGAGAAGGUCUUUCAGAAAACCCAUUACCCGGAUGUAUACGUCAGAGAACAGCUUGCUCUGAGGACAGAGCUCACUGAGGCCAGAGUCCAGGUUUGGUUUCAAAAUCGAAGGGCCAAGUGGAGAAAAAGAGAGCGUUAUGGCCAAAUACAACAAGCCAAAAGCCAUUUUGCUGCCACCUAUGAUAUAUCAGUUUUGCCAAGGACUGACAGCUAUCCACAGAUUCAGAACAAUUUGUGGGCAGGAAAUGCAAAUGGCGGUUCUGUGGUUACUUCGUGCAUGUUACCACGUGACACGUCCUCCUGUAUGGCACCUUAUUCUCACUCACCUCGGACAGAUUCCAGUUACACAGGGUUUUCAAACCACCAGAACCAGUUCAGUCACGUGCCCCUCAACAAUUUCUUUACUGACUCUCUCCUUACUGGGGCUACCAAUGGACAUGCGUUUGAAACAAAGCCAGAGUUUGAAAGGAGGUCUUCCAGUAUUGCAGUUCUUCGAAUGAAAGCCAAGGAGCACACCGCCAAUAUUUCAUGGGCCAUGUAA